UUGUAUUUUCCCUAGACGAGACCAAUAAUUAUAAAGAGAUCAAAAACCAUAAAUUAAAAUUAAUUUCGAUUUUAUUUCUUAUUUCUUUAGAAUUUUUUUCAAUUUUUUAAUCAACUUACGCACUCUUCCUUUCCAAAUUUCCUUUUCUUUUCUCGAUAUUUUUCCUUCGGUUUUAAAUUGGAACUCGACGGGCACGCCUUUCUCGAAUUUCUAAAGCCAGAUAAAGAUACUAUCAGUUUGAAAUUUCUGGCAUCGAGAAUUCGAAAUUUCGUUUUAACACCAGGAAAUUUCUUCGAAUAUUCGUCCAUAGUUUAUUCGAAACGAUUCAUUCCUAUCCCUCUUGCCGAUGCGGGACGUCACGGCCCAUAAACCUUGGCGAAACGUUGGCGCGUUAUCCACGCGAUACAACCUGGGUCCCUCUGUUCAGCCACCUCUCUGGAACAACAUCGACGUAGACCAGUAUCCCCAGCAACGACGAUACGGAAUAAAUAUAGAGGAUGAUCGCGGCAUAACAAUUUCACGAUCACGAGAAAAACGAGAGUCGACGAGGGAGCUCUUUUCCUCGAUCGAAUUCCUUGGCUUUAUCGACCGAUUUCGAUAUUUCGAUCGGCGGAUACUCGCUUUAUAUCGGGCGAAAAAGGAGCGAAGGAUAUUCGAAAAGACCGCCACGGAGGAUCAAUAUCACUGAUGGCAGCGCCAGAGACAACCAAUCCAACCAGUUGACCUAAUAUUACCACCGCCGCUCUCGAAACGACGGAGAGAUCAUCUGGAACCGAGAGGAGAGAAAAAAAUGAGAAUCCUCAUUUGAUAAAGUGAAAAAAAGAGAGAGAGAGAAGAACCCUUCGAAUGUUCGUAAAACCAUUGUCCGGCCGAAGAACGCUCGCCGUUUGUCCAUACGCUACUUGGGCGAAGAUUGCUUCCAAGAAGACGAAGCCUUUAGCGUCAGAGGUGUUGACGAGCUACUUGGUUCAAUCGAAGGAGCCACCGUGGACGUCGUAUUUCGUGAGGUACGCCGAUGUGGUGAACGAUCAGAGGGGGAUGUCGCACUUCAAUUGGCCGGUGGGCAGCAGCAAUUACCACGUACUGAGAACCGGCUGCUUUCCAUACAUCAAGUAUCACUGCACCAAGAGGCCGCGGCAGGACCUCACCACCGAGGACAAAUUUUUCAAGGCGAUCAAGCUUCUGAACCUUGGUAUACCAACGUUGAUGUACGGACUGGCAGCGACUUUAUUGAUCAGGCAUAGAGAAAUCGUGAAAACAGCCAGAGGGGACGUGGUGAUCCAUUUCUUGCUGCCCGAGGACAAGGGAUCCAUGUAUUGAGAUAUGCACGGUGAUACGUAUAUACCUGUACUUACACGAAUAAAAUUGUAAAGUUUAACGUGA